AUGGAAAUCACGAAUGCUGAAAUUACUUGGGCUGAUUUCAAGAAUGAGUUUUUUGACAAGUAUUUUCCAAUUGAUGUUCAUAACCGUAAGGAGAUUAAGUUCUUGGAGUUGAAGCAAGGUGCGAUGCAUUCAUUCAUAUCACAUGAUUGUGUUAACAAGUUGAAUCUAGAAGUGUCUUCUAUGAAUGGUAGUAUAGUCAUUGAUACCACAACUAGAGGUUUUGUAACCAUAAUGACCGUGUUGUUUCCUAAGUUAGAGAAAGGUAAAGAUUCAAGGUUUAUAUCCGCUAACCAAGUAGAGAUGUACCAGAAGCAAGAGGACCAAGUGCCCAUAAUGUUAGUUUCCAUGAAAGUAGAGAGCGAGGUUGAGAUUGCUAAUCUUUAUGUUGUGUGCCAGUUCCCAGAUGUUUUCCCUUUUGAUAUUGGUGAUUUUCCCCCUGAUCACAAAGUCGAGUUUGUGAUAGAUUUAGUAUCUCGUACUAGACCUGUAUUUAUAGCACCGUAUAGAAUGUUUGCAUUAUAUUUGAGCGAGUUGAAGAAGCAGCUAGAAGAUUUGUUAGAGAAGAAGUUUGUCAGUCCUAGUGUAUCGCCUUGGGGAGCGCCAAUGUUAUUGGUUAAGAAGAAAUAUGGAAGCAUGAGAUUCUGUGUGGAUUAUAGACACUUGAAUAAGGUUACUAUUAAAAAUUGA